CCACUGCCCUCCUGUUCAGUCUGUAACAGAAAGGGAGCGAGUGUUUUUUUUAUUUUAACACUGUCUCCUAAAUCUUUCAUUGUUUUGGAAGUCAACAGCAGAUUUAUCAUGUGGGAAUCACAUCUGCCGGGACAGGCAAUGCUGGCCUUUCAGGCUGAGGAGUGCUGAGUAUGCUUCGGCAGUCUGAGCCCACCAGAAGUAGACUCACUCUGAUGAAAGCAGACAUGAAUGACACUGUGGAGAACCUCGACACCAGGGAGCUGGGCUUCUCAGAUGCUGAGGAUGAGCCUGAAGAGGUGGACUUCAAUGAGUUCAACCGCUCAGGAGAUUUCCACAUCCCAUUCUCAGCCGUGUACAGAACAGUUGGCUUUAAAGAGGCAGAAGCUCAGAUCUACCUGAACACUGUCCCCAUCACUGCUAAGAUUCUAGAUGUGGAGAGGUUCACCAGGACCCCAGACCGCUUCAAUAUCUCCAAACACAGGAGUGUUUCCAAGGCAAUGCCAGCAGUGUUUAAGAUAGAGCUUAAACAUGGGAACUUCACCUGGGUGGUGAAAAGGAAAGAGAAGCACUUCAUGGAGCUGCACAAAGAGCUUCUUCGCUACAAGACCCUCAUGAGGAUCCCAUUGCCCACCCGAAGCCAUACAGUGAGAAGGAAGAGCAUCAAGCGGAGCGAGGUGAGGCAGAUGCUCGUUCUGCCUCGAGGAGGCAGAGAGGAGCUGGCGCGAGAGGAGCAAGUGUCCAGUAGGAAGAAACAACUGGAAGACUACCUAAACAAGCUGCUGAGGAUGUCAAUGUACCGAAAAUACUAUGCAACCAUGGAGUUUAUUGAUGUGAGCCAGUUGUCCUUCAUUCAAGACCUGGGCCCAAAGGGCUUAGAAGGCAUUGUUUAUAAAAGGUCAGGAGGUCACCGUAUCCCCGGCCUGAACUGCUGUGGCCACAAUGAAAUCUGCUACCGUUGGUCCAAGAGGUGGCUGGUUGUGAAGGACUCUUUCCUACUGUACAUGAAGCCAGACACAGGUGUGAUUUCGUUUGUCCUGCUGGUAGACAAUGAGUUUAGCAUCAAAAUGGACUCCAAACAAACAGAGACCAAACAUGGAGUAAGCAUAGAAAAUCUGUCCAGGAAACUGGUGCUAAAAUUCACUAGUUACAGACAUGCACGAUGGUGGGGUCAGGCCAUUGAAAGCUUUGUCAAGAAACAUGGCAAGGACUUUUUAAGGAACCACCGCUUUGGAUCUUUUGCCAGGGAGGAGGAGAACAUACCCUCUAAAUGGUAUGUGAAUGGCAAAACCUACAUGGAGGAUCUUGCAAAUGCACUGGAGGAGGCCAGAGAAGAGAUCUUCAUCACAGACUGGUGGCUCAGUCCUGAGAUCUUUCUUAAGAGGCCUGUGGUAGAGGGUAAUCGCUGGAGGCUAGACUGCAUUCUGAAACGCAAGGCUCAACAAGGAGUGAGGAUCUUUGUCAUGCUGUAUAAGGAAGUGGAGCUGGCACUCGGCAUCAAUAGUGAAUACAGCAAAAGAACACUAAUGCACCUUCACCCAAACAUCAAGGUGAUGAGACACCCUGAUCACGUCUCCUCCUCUGUCUACUUAUGGGCACACCAUGAGAAGAUAGUAGUGAUCGACCAAUCAGUUGCUUUCGUCGGGGGAAUUGAUCUAGCAUAUGGUCGUUGGGAUGACCGGGAGCACCGGCUCACAGAUGUAGGAAGUGUAACACGCUCUGUUGCCCAAGCCAUAGAGCAGGGACUGAAUCCAUCCAAGCCCAAGAAAAAAAGUUCCUCAAGUGGAAAUGGCAGCCGCUCAAUGGUUGAUGACGCAGUGGACCUGCCCAAACUCAAGGGCAUCGGUCACACUCGCAAGGCACGUUUCAGCUUUUACCAUCACCUCCAACGUGGCCUUCACCAUGCCGACAGCAUCAGCAGCAUUGACAGCUCUAAGAUGAGUGGCUCAGUGCACAGUCUGCAGACAGGAGAAGGAGAGCUGAUGGGGAACACACGCUUCUGGCAUGGCAAAGACUAUUGCAACUUCGUCUACAAAGACUGGGUUCAGCUGGACAAGCCUUUUGAUGAUUUUAUUGACAGGUACACGACCCCCAGAAUGCCCUGGCAUGACAUCUCCUCAGUGGUGCAUGGGAAAGCAGCCAGAGAUGUGGCCAGGCACUUUAUACAGCGCUGGAACUUCACCAAGAUAAUGAAGCCAAAGUACAGAUCUCUCUCCUAUCCAUUUCUGCUGCCCAAAUCUCAUAGUACGGGCAAUGAUCUGAAGUACCAAGUGCCAGACUGUGUCCAGACCAAAGUUCAGGUAUUGCGGUCAGCUGCAGACUGGUCCGCUGGAAUCAAGCAUCAUGAGGAGUCCAUUCAUAAUGCCUACAUUCAGGUCAUCGCCAAGAGCAAGCACUUCAUCUACAUUGAGAACCAGUUUUUCAUUAGCUGUGCCGAUAACAAACAUGUUUGCAACAAGAUUGGAGAUGCCAUUAUUGAGAGAAUCAUCAGAGCUCACAAAGAGAAUAAGAAGUUCCGUGUGUAUGUGGUGACUCCUCUGCUGCCUGGCUUCGAAGGCGACAUAUCCACAGGAGGAGGGAGCGCAUUACAGGCUGUCAUGCAUUUCAAUUACAGGACCAUGAACAGAGGAGAGUACUCCAUAAUCACUCAGCUGAAGAAAGAAAUGGACGACCAAUGGCUGAACUACAUCUCGUUUUGUGGUCUGAGGACCCACGCUGAGCUGGAGGGCAGGCUGGUGACUGAACUUAUCUAUGUUCAUAGCAAGAUGUUCAUCACUGAUGACAACACUGUCAUUAUUGGUUCUGCCAACAUCAAUGACCGUAGCAUGUUGGGAAAAAGGGACAGCGAGGUGGCUGUUAUUUUUGAAGACUCUGAAAUGAUGCCAUCAGUGAUGGAUGGACAAGAGUAUCAGGCUGGCAAGUUUGCCCUGCAGCUCCGACUGGAGUGCUUUAAAACCAUUCUUGGUGGCUUUACUGAUCCAACCAUCGAUGUGAGUGACCCCAUCAGUGACCGAUUCUACAAAGAUGUCUGGAUGACCAUCUCUGGACGGAACGCCACCAUCUAUGAGAAGGUAUUCCGCUGUCUGCCCUCCAGUCUGGUGCGAAACAAACAGGAGCUCUUGAGUUUCCAGUCCAAACCAGGUCUAGAUAAAGAAGACCCUGUGAAAGCUCAGGAGCUGUUGAAGAAGAUAAGGGGCUUCUUGGUUCAGUUCCCACUUGAAUUCCUCUGUGAGGAGAACCUCAUGCCCUCAGUAGGUACCAAAGAAGCCAUGGUGCCCACUGAGAUCUGGACCUGAUGCUGCCAAAUGCAAACCACAGAAAAGACAAUCCACAUCCAAUGUGGGGAAAAACAAAGAUACCACUCUGGCAGACAAAUCUUUGGAUUUAAAACUUCACACAGAACUGAUAAGAAGGAGCAAAGAAUAGUAAAGGGCUAGUUCACCCAAAAAUUAAAAUUCUGUCAUGUUGUUCCAAACCCAUAUGACAAGUUUUACCAGUCAGAUGGUUUUAGAACAAUAUGAGAGUGAGGAAAUGAUGACAGAAUUUUUAUUUUUGGCUGAACUAACUCUUUAAGGCAACCUCUUUAAGAUAUGUCCUUUUGUUGUUUAUGAAAUGGACAGUUUAAUUUUGUUUUGUAUCUUUUAUCAAUGUUGUAAAUGUACAUAUCGUCAAAUAAUUAUAUUUUAUAAGCACCUUGAUUAGCAGCACAUAUAAUCGUGCUUUUAAUAUAAUGUCAUAAUCAAAGUUGCCUCUUUGAGAUGCCAAAACAGAAUGACCUUUUAAAUAAAUCAUAUCAUUCUAAUGUACAUAAAGAAGAUCUGAUUUUAUUGCUAGAGAUGGCUCAUUUGUAGAGACACCACUCAAAGAAAAGGGUCAAAUAGAGAGUGGAAGCCCUUUCAGAUAUAAUUUUGUCACUGCGACCCAUUCUUUAGUGUUGUGGCCCCAGUGGAAGAGCAUCUGUGACAGGCUGAGUCCAGUGAUAUGUGUUUGCUGCAUGGAAUCUACUCUUAGACUGGGUCUGCUGUGGCUCGCACUGUCCAGUAAGUGUCAGUGCUCUGGGGAGGCCAGACAGUCUGUCUGUGAAUUAAAGUGCUGAGUGUCUGAAGGCAGUUUGUUACCUCUCAACACCAAACAGCCUUGUGUGUCUUUCCCAAUUGUACAUUUCCCACCUCACAAAUGUGGCAUGGGUCCGUUUUUUAUGAGUUAGUGGUUGUUGCUAUUUUCACAUUCUCCCUUGGUGUCAGAAUAUCAUCAGUCAACCAUUUUCUGCAGUUACCCACAUGUUUCUGAAAUAAUGCCAGUUUUUUUGGUGCUAUUUUCAUGUUUUUCAUUGUGCUUUUUUUCAAUCAAUCAAAGAGAAAGGUUUGGAAUAUGUAUGAAACUGUGACAAUUCAAAUGUCAAUGAAUCUAUGUAUCAUAACCUCAGAAUCUUAAAAUUGAAGAGAUAAGAAUGAAGUUUACCCUCUUACUUUUUGCUCUAUGAAGAUGCAUUGCUUUCGUCCAAGAUUUCAGAGCACAUUGUAAAUUGUUCAUUUCAGUGACAGCAAAGCCAAAACUGACUGAAUAACAUGGCAGCUCUGGAACUCUGCACCAUUUCAUAACUGGCUAGGUGUAAUGACUCAGAAUUUGAAAGACAGGGUGUAUUUAGUCCUGGUUUCAAGGGAUCUUCGAUAAGCUCUGUAUUAAUUCAUUUGUACAGAAAUUUGCACUAAAUAAGUUCCAAAUAAACCCUCAAAAUCCACAGAAAAAGUUGUGACUUGUUUCCUUGGUUAAAGCUGAAGUUUGCAAUUUCUGUGCCACAAACGUCACCAAAUAGAGUUGCUAAAAUGAUCGAACAAAUAGUCCCACCCCAAAUUCACGCAUUGUUUGAGUCAAUGUUGAUGUGUCGGGCUGGGAUGUGUUUCCCAAAAGCAUCAUCAGCAAACUAUGGUCACAAGGUCGCAUCAUUACCAACAUAGUUCAAUAAAUUGGUGUUUCCCGAAACCAUAGUUCCAACAAAUAUUCGCAAACAG